UGGGGGGCUUCGCAGACCGUCGGUGUCGCCAUGCUGCUGGAGGAGGUCCGUGCUGGCGACCUGCUGAGCGGGGCCGCAGCCCGAGGCGACGUGCAGGAGGUGCGCCGCCUUCUGCACCGCGAGCUGAUGCACCCAGACGCCUUGAAUCGCUUUGGCAAGACAGCGCUGCAGGUCAUGAUGUUUGGCAGCCCCACCAUUGCCCUGGAGCUGCUGAAGCAAGGGGCUUGCCCCAAUGUCCAGGACAUCUCCGGCACCACUCCAGCUCACGAUGCCGCUCGCACUGGAUUUCUGGACACCCUGAAGGUCCUGGUGGAGCAUGGCGCCGACGUGAACAGACCUGAUAGCAGUGGAGCACUCCCCAUCCACCUGGCAGUACGGGAGGGCCACGAAGCAGUGGUCAGCUUUCUGGCUGCUGAGUCUGAUCUCCAUCACAGGAACGCCUGGGGGCUCACGCCCCUGGAGCUCGCUAGGCAGAGAGGGGCUCAGAACCUCAUGGACAUUCUGCAGGGGCACCUGGUGGCCCCGCUGUGA